CGUCCACUGUUCCCUUAUCUUAUCUCUCACUCUAGAAGCCUCAGCAGAGAAAGGUUUACUGAGCAGUUUUACUUCACGGCUGAACGGAGAAAGUCUGCUUCAUCUCUUCGUUAACCACGCAAAGAAGUUUCACCAAUAGACAAGAUGGCCCCCAAGUGCAAAGUAUGCCACGACUUCUUCUCCACCGGUGACAAGGCCCCUCUGUCGCUGCAGUGUGGCCACAGCACCUGCAAAGAGUGCGUCGUGAGACUGGUCGACGAGACGGGCGAGAUUAAGUGCCCGACAUGCAGGGUUGUUACGGACGGUGACAAUGCGGAGGACCUGCCCGUGAACUAUGACCUUUUGGACACUGCCACGGGGGACUCGGAGCCGCCCGUUCGUCGCCAGCAGGUUCGCAUCAGUGUGCUCGUGAAGGACCUGACCGGAAAGCAGUUUCGAGUGGAGGUCGACCCGAACGCUCAGGUCAUGCAGAUCAAGAGGUCACUUUUCAACCAGUAUGGUUUAUCUGUUGACAAUAUUGCUCUCAUGUUGCACGGUCAACGCCUGCGGGAGGACGAGAGCAUUUCAGACAACGGCAUCGUCGAGGGGGAUAUUAUAGAAAUGACUACAAGAUAUGAAGGAGGAAAAGUUUGAUGAAUCUGAAGAUUUCAGUUUUUUGUAACUUUUUCGACCUUUUUCCACUUUUAUUAUUUUUUUGAGCUUUUCGAAAGUUUUUUUCCGAAAUUUUCAUUUUAAUUGAUU